AUGGAAAUAGUUGAUAGAAGAUUAUUGGAUUCAAACUUGAAGAAAGAGGAGAUGAUGGUGAUGAUCAAUGUUGCUUUCUUAUGCACUAAUGUGUCUCCAACACUUAGGCCUACUAUGUCUUCAGUGGUAAACAUGCUUGAAGGCAAAACCAUUGUUCCAAAACUAGUUUCAGAGUCAUUAAAUGAGAAGAAAUUAGAAGCAUUAACAAUGUAUUAUAACCAAGAUGACCAAAGUACCACAACAAUAAUGGAGAUGCCUUUAACUGCUUCAUCUACUUCUACAGCACAAGAUUUGUAUGCAAUUCACCUAGACUCUUCUUACUUUGAGAGUAGAAAUUAG